AUGACUACCGAAGCUUCCGUUACGGUAGCUACUGGCUCCGGAUUUACUGCCAAUGUCGACGAAGGAAAGCGAUGGACCUACCUCGACAACAUCCGCAAGAACCCAGGUCCUUUCAGCGACCCUGAUGUCGCUGGAACAGAAGAGGCAUUCGAGCAGUUUGACAAGAUCAAGGUCUUCGGUGCUGGUGGUCUAGGAUGCGAGAUCUUGAAGAACUUGGCUAUGUCCAAAUUCAAAGAUAUACAUGUCAUCGAUAUGGACACCAUCGAUAUCUCGAACCUUAACCGACAAUUCCUCUUCAGAAAGUCCGACGUAGGCAAGUCCAAGGCUGAAGUCGCAGCGCAGUUCGUCAUGCGCCGCGUCAAAGGCGUUAAGAUUACAGCCCACAACUGCGCUAUUCAGGACUUCGACCACGACUUUUACAAGCAGUUUCAGUUCGUAGUUUGCGGUUUGGACAGCAUCGAAGCCCGCAGGUGGAUUAACGCGACACUCGUUCAGAUCGCUGAGGAGGGCGAGGACCCCGACUCAUUGAUUCCCAUGAUUGAUGGAGGCACUGAGGGGUUCAAGGGACAGGCUCGAGUCAUCGUGCCUUCAAUUACUUCCUGCAUCGAAUGCCAAUUGGACAUGCAUGCACCAAGAGCCGCUGUGCCACUCUGCACAAUCGCCUCGAUCCCCCGUCAACCCGAACAUUGUAUUGAGUGGGCGCAUGUCAUUGCCUGGGAAAAAGAGAAACCGUUCCCUAAACUGGACAAAGACGACUCUGCCCACGUAUCUUGGCUUUACCAGAAGGCCCUCGCCCGUGCCCAAGAGUUCAACAUCACCGGCGUGACGUACGCUCUCACGCAGGGGGUCAUCAAGAAUAUUAUCCCCGCAAUCGCGUCCACGAAUGCCAUCAUCGCAGCAGCAUGCUGCAACGAAGCUUUCAAGCUUGCUAGCUCGGCUGCACCCACACUUGGAAUGGAAGAGAACUACAUGAUGUACUCUGGUAAUGACAGCAUCUACACGUACACCUUCAAGCACGAAAAGAAGGAUGACUGUCCUGUAUGCGGACAGCAGUCGCGGCCUCUUGAGGUCGAUCCCACGAGCACGCUUCAAGAUCUCCUGGACUCAUUUGCCGUCCGUCCCGAGGCUCAGCUAAAGAAGCCGUCGAUUAGAGCCGAUAACAAGACUCUUUACAUGCAAUUCCCACCAAGCUUGGAAGAACAGACACGAGCCAAUCUCGGGAAAACUAUCAAGGAACUCGACUUGGAAGACGGGCAGAACGUUCUCGUAACGGACCCUGCCUUCCCUCUCCAGUUCAACUUCUACCUGCGGUUCAAGACGACCGUAUGA